CAUAAACUUAAUCCCUCCCCAAUGUAGCAUUGCCUCUUCAUUGUGAGACAGUUCCACUUGAUAAUUACAAUACUAUUCAUACCAGACACUCAUACACAAUCCUCUCGUACUGCACCUGCCGAUCCUCGGAUCAGAUAACCUUCUUCAUCCUCUCGUAUUCGUCAUGUUCCCCCCCUUCUGCCGUAGCCGGUCUCGCUCGACUUUCGCCCCGCCAGCGCUUCUGCACGGCAUUUGCUAAUAUACCGAAGCCUCACAUUGUUCCUUCUUUCCUCUGUCCUUCUCUCCUUCUGUCUCCUCCUGUCUCCUCCCUCUGUCUUCUUCUCCCCUCCUUCACCACCACCACCACCGCAUCCUGCCAUGGCGACCACCACCACCGCCGGUUCGCAGGACCUGCCGGACAGUGCCGUUCGCUGGUUUCCCCUCCCCGGCAUCUCCUCCACCCGCCCAGACGAGCUCCUCCUGACCUCAUGGCUGCUCGUCCUCCUGCGCACGCGUGAAGGUGGCUCCGUCUCGUACGAGUGGACACACUCCGACGAUCGCCAUGCAGCCAACACAUCAACAUCCCCAAACCGCCUUGACAUGGACCACGUGGUUGACGCGUCACGUGGCCUGCAGAGCACCCUGGGUCAGGUGACCCGUGCCGUCGCCCACGUGACGUCUCUCCUUCCUUCCUCUUCUUCCUCUUCUUCCUCUUCUUCUUCUUCUUCUUCUUCACCUUCGCUGCUUCUCAGCACGUCGACACUCGCACAGACUAAGCAGGCGACAGACGAGGGCAUUCUGCACCUCGAGAUCCGCGUCGACGAUGGCCGUCUCGCCGUACGACCCGCCUGGCACACCGACGACAUCCUCCCCUACACCGUGACGCGACACAUCGAGACGCUGGUGGACACGCUCCGGCUGUGUCUGGAGACGCCUGAGGCGACGCUUGCAGACGCGCUGCGGCCGAGUACACACGAUCUGGAGACGAUCUGGGGGUGGAAUCACCAGCUGCCCGAGACGCAGAACUUUUGCAUGCACGAGAUGAUUGCGGACCGGGCACGCUCUCAUCCGGAGAAAGAGGCCAUCGCCUCGUGGGACGGCAGCUUGACGUACGGCCAGGUCGAGCGGUAUUCGACCCUCGUGGCGCGUGCCCUGCGCGACCAACACGGCGUCCGGCUGCACGAUUUCGUGCCCGUGUGCUUCGAGAAGUCGCGCUGGACCAUCGUUGCCGUGCUCGCCGUCAUGAAGGUCGGCGCCACCAUGGUCAUGAUGGAUCCCACGCUGCCGCUGGCGCGUCUGCAGAACAUGGCGGAGCAGGUGGAUGCAAAGACCUUUGUCACCUCGCGGAGUCAACAGGCUCUGGCCACGUCGAUCCGCUCAGAGGGAGCAGUCUUGGUCGUCGACGAGGAGACCUUUGCUGGGAAGGACAACGAAACGCACCAGGAUCCCCUCGCCGUCGUGCCCCCCUCGGCGCUCAUGUACAUCAUCUUCACCUCCGGCAGCACAGGCACCCCCAAAGGCGUCAAGAUCUCGCACCAGACCUACUCGAGCAGUGCCAUCCCGCGGGCCCGGGCUGUGGGCUACAGCGAGGACUCGCGCGUGCUCGAUUUCGCCUCGUACGCCUUUGACGUGAGCAUCGACAGCAUGCUGCUGACCCUCGGCAACGGCGGCUGUCUGUGCAUCCCCUCGGACGACGACCGCCUCAACGACAUCAACGGCGUCAUCCGCCGCAUGAGGGUCAACUACGCCGGCAUCACCCCGUCGGUCGCGCGCAUCCUCGACCAGGACGUCAUCUGUUCGCUGACUGGCGGUCUCGGCUUGGGUGGUGAGGCCGCCUCGGCUCACGACGUCAAUCGCUGGGGCCGCGACGCCCGCAUCAUCAUCGGCUACGGGCCCUGCGAGUGCACCAUCGGAUGCACCGUCAACAGCAGCGCCGCCACCGGCCGCGACUACAUCUCCAUCGGACCGGGCAACGGCGCCGCCAUCUGGAUCGCCGACCCCAACGACCACGACGCCCUCGUCCCCGUCGGCGCCGUCGGCGAGCUGCUCGUCGAGGGGCCCAUCGUCGGCCAGGGCUAUCUCAACGAUCCCGACAAGACCGCCGCCGCCUUCAUCCACGAUCCCAAGUGGCUGGUCGCCGGUCACGCCGGCCUCCCCGGCCGUCAGGGCCGUCUGUACAAGACCGGCGAUUUGGGUCGCUACGACCCAGACGGUGCCGGUGGUAUCGUCUUCGUCGGCCGCAAGGAUACCCAGGUCAAGCUGCGUGGCCAGCGUGUGGAGCUCGGCGAGAUCGAGAGCCAGCUCACUGCCCGCCUGCCCGCCCAGACCACCGUCAUCGCCGAGGUCAUCGUGCCCCAGGGCGCCGGCGGCCAGGCCACCCUCGUCGCCUUUGUCACCUCCAAGAGCUCCACCAACGCCGCCGAUCAGACCGACAUCGAGCUCGCCCAGCCUGGCGAGGAUCUCCGUGCCGCCCUGGCCUCCGUCAACGAGGAUCUCGCCACCGUCCUGCCCCGGUACAUGGUCCCUACCGCGUACAUCCCCGUCAACCGCAUCCCGGUGCUGAUCUCGGGCAAGACCGAUCGCCGUCGACUGCGCCAGUUUGGUACCACCGUCGAUCUGCGACAGGUCGACCAGCGGACUGCUUCCUCUUCUUCCUCCACUUCGCCAUCCUCGUCCUCUCCCUCGUCGUCGCCCUCUUCUUCCCCCUCCUCGCCGCCAUUGUCCGCGACCAAAUGUGAUGAAGUUGACCCGGAUCGCGCGCCAACCGAGGUCGAGCAGCGCUUGCUGGAGGCCUGGAGACAGACUCUCAAGGUCGAAGUCGACAGCAUCCGCAUCAACGACAACUUCUUUGCCCGCGGCGGCGAUUCCGUCGCUGCCAUGCGCUUGGUCGCUGCCUGUCGCGCGCAGGGUCUUGAUCUCAGCGUCACCAAGAUCUUCGGCCAUCCGACGCUCGCUGCCAUGGCGAGCGUCGCCAUUCAGAUUCCAGGCCAUGGAGAUGGAUCUCUUGAAACAACAGAAUCAUCGUCGAAGAUGACAACACCCAUCACACCGGCCUUCUCGCUCAUCUCUCAGUCGCCCGACAGCGCUCGUGAAGACGCCGCCCGCGCCUGCCAGGCCACGGCCGCCGCCGUGCAGGAUAUCUACCCCUGCACGCCCACGCAGGAAUCGCUGUUCACCUUCUCGAUCAAGUCUGUCAAGGCGUACGUCGCCCAGCGCACAGCCCAGAUCCCCCGCGGGAUCACCGUCGCCGCGUGGAAACGCGCAUGGGAGACCGUUGUCGCCGCGAAUCCCAUCCUGCGCACCCGCGUCGCUCAACUGCCGGAGAAUCCAGGCUUGCAGCAGGUUGUCCUGGAGGAUAAUGUGCGAUGGCUUCACGCGACCAAUCUCCAGGAGUAUCUCGAGGCAGAUCGACUGGCCAAGAUGGCUCUGGGUGAGCCUCUUGCUCGGUACGCCAUUGUCGCAUCUGACGACGACAACGACGACAACAAUACCGAACGCUACAUGGUUUGGACGGUCCACCAUGUUCUGUACGACGGAUGGUCAGAGCCAGUGAUUCUCCAGCAGGUCCGCGAUGCCCUGGAGACGCAGCGCUGCGAGACGCCUCCCACGCAGAUGCGCGACCUGGUGCGAUGGGUGGUGCACGACACCGACGAGAUGGCAAUGAAGACCUUCUGGCAGCAGGAACUGGACGGCGCUGUUGGCCCCCAGUUCCCUCGUCUGCCUUCUCGUGACUUCCUGCCUCUGCCCGAUGGCCUCGUGGAGCGUCGCAUCCCCGUCACGACCGUCGGCACGGGCUUCCCCUUCACGCUGGCAACGCUCAUCCGCGGUGCCUGGGCGCUGGUUGCAUCGCAAUACACGGGCAGCGACGACGUGGUGUUUGGCGAAACCCUGACGGGACGUGACAUUGCACUACCAGGCGUCGAGGGCAUCAUCGGCCCCUUGAUCGCGACGGUGCCUGUCCGCAUCCGCAUCGCCCGAGCGGGCUCCGUCCAGGCCUAUCUGCAGAGCGUGCAAACCGCUGUGCUGGCUCGCACCCCUUACCAGCACAUGGGCAUGCAGAACAUCCGCAAGGUGAGCCCCGACGCCCAGCACGCCUGUGAGGCCGGUACAGGGCUCGUCAUCCAGCCCGAGGCCGAGUACACGGCCAGCAACGCCCUGGGCUUCGCCUCGGGGGAUGUCGUGCGCGAGGCGCUGCAUUUCAACCCGUACCCGCUCAUGCUGGGCUGUGGGAUCAUCGGCAACGGGGGAGGCUUCCGCGUCUGCGCCAGCUUCGACAGGAGUCUCAUCGAGAUCCCCCAGAUGGAGCGUAUCCUCGCCCAGCUGCAGGCUGCGUGCGUGCAGCUCACCCAGCCGGGCAGUCUGACACGCGGGUUGGACGAGAUCGCCGCCCAUCUCCUGCCCGAGACGGAGCUGAACCAGAUCUGGCAGUGGAAUCAGGUCGCGCCGCUGGUCCGUGGUGGUCAUGCUUCCUCCUCGGCAGGCCGCCUGCGCGCAGAUGUCAGCCUUCCUCUGGGCGCUGUCUACCCUCGCGCCGUCGUGCCCUGGGUGUGCGAUGCGCGCAAUCCGUCACGCCUCGCCCCCAUCGGCUGUGCCGGUGAGCUCUGGCUCGAGGGGGCCGUCCUUGCGUCUGCAGACAGCCAGACGGUGGAUUCCCCGGCCUGGCUCGUGGCCGGCAGCGCUUCGUAUCCAGGUCGUCGGGGAGUUGUACAGCCCACGGGCGAUCUGGUCCAGCUGCGCGGCGACGGCCAGUUGGUGUUUGUCGGCCGCAAGGAGCACGUCAUCUCCGUUCAGGGCCACGCCGUCGACCUCGCCGAGAUCGACGCCCUGCUGGCGCCCAACCUGCCAGGUAUUCACGCAGCAGCGGCGGUGGUCGCUGCCUCUGAAUCCUCCCAGUUGAUCGCCUUCAUCGAACACAAGGAGACGCAGACAGACGGCGUCCAGAUUCUUACCUCUACGCAGAGCAUCACUUGCGAGGGCGACGUCGUCGCAACCAUCCAUGCGACAAUCUCCGCCAGUCUCGCAGGGGCGAUCAAGAAACUCGACAAGUUCCUACAGGACAACCACCCGGCGUACAUGGUCCCUUCUGCCUACGUCGUGGUCGACCGUCUGCCCUGUCCGCUGCCCAUCGACCACAGCGUUUUGAACCGUGCGGCCGCGCAGAUCCCCUCGGAGGUGCUGGCGCAGCUUCGCCAGGGCUUCGCUACAGCGACCCAGACACUUGCGCAGACGACGCAGUUAACCGCUUCGGAGGAGAUCCUGCGUGCCGCGUGGGCGCAGAUCCUAGGCCUCAGCAUCGACAGGAUCGACGUCGACGACAACUUCUUCCGUCUUGGAGGCGACUCGGUCCUAGCCAUGAAGCUGGUCUCGAGCCUGCGUGCCCAAGGCCACACGCUCACCGUCGCCGACAUCUUCCAGCACAUGCGGCUGGGUGACGCCGCGCGCGUGCUCCGGAUAGGCCAGCCGGCGACAACAUCGACACCGUCGCAACCCGUGUACAAACCCUUCUCGCUGCUGGAGGGAGACGUGGACCGGCUGCUGGCCGAGACAGUGCGACCACAGCUGGCGGAUCCCUCAUUGACAAUCCGCGAUGUGCUGCCUGUGACCGACUCACAGGCGCUCGACAUCCGGGCCACCAUCGCGCCGCCACGCACGUCGGUGCAAUACACGAUGCUGUACCAUGACGGGCAGCAGAUCGAGGGUGCUCGUCUGCUGCGCGCCUGCGCGCAGCUCAUCCAGACGCACGAGAUCCUGCGCACGGUCUUUGUCGCCCACGGCGAGCGCUUCCUGCAGGUCGUCCUGGACCAGCUGGCGGCCGACUCGGUGACCAGCCAGCACGAGACCGACGGCGACGUCAAGGCAUACGUUGCGUCCCUCUGCGCUGCGGACGUUGACUCUGCCACCUUCUCCCUCGGCUCGCCGUUUGUCCAGGUGUUGUACGUCCAGGGCACGGGCGAGGACAAACAAGCUUGUCUUGUUUUGCGACUCUCGCAUGCCCAGUACGACGGUGUCUCCCUGCCAGCCCUGCUGCAAGACCUCGAGACCCUGUACGUGGGCAAGGACAAGACGGCCGACCCGGUGCCGUUUGCGGCGUACGUCUCUCGCAUCCAUGACGCCGCCGUCGAGACUCCCGCAAUCACCUACUGGAAGAACCUUCUGCACGGCUCCUCGCUGUCCCCUCUGGAGACAGCUUCCAGCAGCAACAGCCAGCCAACCGACCGGGCGGUCUUCCACACCCGCCCCGUGGAUGUCUCGCUGCCGGCCGAGGUCACCACGGCCAGUCUGUUGACCGCGGCGUGGGCAGUGGUACUCGCCCGGCGGCUGGGCGUCCGCGACGUGACGUUCGGCAGCGUGACAGGCGGCCGCAGCUUGGAUAUGGCCGAUGUCGAGAAGGUGAUGGGCCCAUGCUACCAGCUGACGCCGGUGAGAGUUUCCUUUGAUCAUGAAGAGCAUGCGCAGUGGACGGCGAUGGACCUGCUGCAGUUUGUGCAGCGGCAGAGCGCGCAGUCCGCCGCCCACGAUACCCUUGGCUUCGCGCGUGUGGCGCGUGAAUGUCCCUCGUGGGCGUCCUCGACGGGCUUCCCCUCGCUCGUCCACCACCAAGACUGGGACGACUUUGACAGCAUGCCGUUUGCCGGCCGCGAGUGCGGCGUGGACAUUGCCAACCCGCACGGCGACGCUGCGGAGCCCAUCAAGGCCGUUUCUUUUGUCAAAGAGGGCAAGAUGCACGUUGGGAUUGUCGGGCGUGAGUGUGAGGUAGAAGUGGUGGAUGCCCUCCUGGCUGAACUGGAGGUCGCUGUCGAGGGACUGGGCGGUCUUUCCACUCUUGUUUCCGAGCUUGUCGGACUUUAGACUUGUAUUAUCAGUUUAUAAUUUAGCAUCGAAUGAAGCUUAUACUGUCAGG